CAAAUAAAGAAGGCCCCGAGUGGUGGCGGAACCAUCAGUCGGGGAAGGGACUGGGACGUCGGAGACUGUUUCCUGCGCACCACCGGAAGUGGAAACGAAACAGCGUUUACACAAUAGAAGUUUUGGUGUUUAGAGUUUUACCUUCAUUGUGUAUAAAAUCACAUUUCUGGACGCUAUGAUAAACGUUUAGUUCAAUAUAAACCAGGUUAGUCGCGUUGCUUUAAGAUGGAGAAAGAGAGGAGACGGAGGCGGGAAUCCCCGCCGCGGGAGGCGAGGGUGAGAAUCAAACAGGAGAGAGCGAGUCCCGCGCGGAGACCGAGACCCCCCCGGUCCCGGUCCCCCAGCCCAAGAACCCGACACCGUUCCCGGUCCCUCAGCCCCAGACCCCGACCCCGGUCCGCCAGCCCGAGUCCCCCCCGCAGGAGGAGCAGCAGAUCGCCUGUCAGACCGCGGGAUCGAUCCCCGACCAAGAGGGAGAGGUCUCCCCCCAAGAGGGAGAGGUCUCCCCCCAAGAAGGAGAGGUCUCCCCCCAGGAGGGGCAGCCGGUCCCCUCGGAACCAGAGGGGUGGGAGUCCCCACCGGGGGGGAGACGCCAGGAUCAAACGGGAGCGGGAGCCUCACCGGGGGGGGGCCGCAGAGCCUCCCCGGGGGGGGGCCGCGGAGCCUCCCCGGGGAGGGGGCGCCGAGCCUCACCGAGCGGGGGCCGUCGGGGCUGAGGACCAGCGUGUGCGGAGCGACCCCCCCCCGGAGCGGAGGAGCCGGUGGGAGACGGACCGACCGCCACGGGAGCGCGGGGGCCGGUGGGACGCGCCGCGGGGCGGGCCGGCCCCCCAGGAGCAGCAGGAGGAGCGGCAGCAGCACGACGAGCGGCGGAGGGAGGCCCGGGCGCGCAGGGAGGAAGAGGAGGGGGCGGGGGCCUUCGGGGUGCCCCAGGAGGGGGGCGAGGGCGGCGACGACCCCCCUCCCGACAAGGAGAAGCCCGACUUCGGGCUGUCGGGGGCGCUGACGGAGGACACCAACACCUUCAGGGGCGUGGUCAUCAAGUACAACGAGCCCCCCGAGGCGCGUAUCCCCAAGCGGCGCUGGCGCCUGUACCCCUUCAAGAACGACGAGCCGCUGCCCGUGAUGUACGUCCACCGGCAGAGCGCCUACCUGCUGGGCCGCGACAGGAAGAUCGCCGACAUCUCCAUCGACCACCCCUCCUGCUCCAAGCAGCACGCCAUCUUCCAGUACAGGCUGGUGGAGUACACGCGUCUGGACGGGACCCCAGGCCGUCGGGUGAAACCCUACCUGCUGGACCUGGGCUCGGGGAACGGCACCUACCUGAACAACCAGCGCAUCGAGGGCCAGCGCUACUACGAGCUCAAGGAGAAGGACGUGCUCAAGUUCGGCUUCAGCAGCCGCGAGUACGUCCUGCUGCACGAGUUCUCGGACACGGCCGAGGUGGACGCCCAGACUGCCGGGGAGGAGGACGAGGACGACGGGCUGGACGAGUAGCCCUGCCCACAGCACCACCGCGGACUCAGCCAUUGGUUUAUCCAAUUCCAAAAAAGGCGUUGGCUCUGACCGGCCAAUCGUCUCUCAGAACAGCGUCUACUUCUCAGGACUCGCCCCCACUCCUCUCCUCGUCGGCUCUCUGCUGAACCACGGAGCCACUGGUCCCACUGGUCCCACUGGUCUAUGGCUCUGCUGAACCACGGAGCCACUGAUCCCACUGGUUCCUGGCUCUGCUGAACCACGGAGCCACUGGUCUCACUGGUUCUGUGCUCUGCUGAGCCACGGAGCCACUGGUCCCACUGGUUCUGUGCUCCACUGAACCUGGUUCUGUGCUCCACUGAACCCUGGUUCUGUGCUCUGUAGUCUGUUCACCUGAUGUAAGGCUGUCUGUAUGUUUAGUCUCAGUGUUUCCUCACAGCCUUGGUUCUGUCUGAACAAUAAGCCGGUGAUUUCAGUUUUUAUGCGGGUGUACAGGGGGGUUUUCAAGUUGAGUUUCUACUCUUUGAUGCAUUCGUCAUUCAUAAUUCAGUAUUGGUGUUUUGUAUUGUGAAUAAAGACUGAACAAAGGGUUUGAGGUGUUGUGUGUUUAGAAAUCCUGAAGCCAGGAAGCUUAAACAUCUCAUGAAUCUCAGAGAACCUUCUGUUUCUCCAUUACAGUCAACCAGUGUUCCCAGCCCGGGGCUGCCUCACCAAGCUCUAUACUGGGUGCAAACUGGUUGAACUGAACGUUGAUGAACUUCUUCUCAUUCUGUGCUAAAG